UUCAACUAAUUUUGAAGAUGAUUCAAUCAUACACAAACCUAAGAAAUCAAAAAAAAUCAGAUAAAGGGAAAGAUUUUGGACAAAAUAUUGAUUACAAUGUAAGUAAAUCAAACCGUACUGUGGACUGUAAUGGUAGUGUUUCUACAUUCUCACAAAAUGGACAUAGUGGAGAAGAAAACCGUUUACUGAAGGAUGCAAUCAAAAUUGAAAAGCCAGAUCAGCCGACUAGUGAAUGCUUCAAAGAAUUGACAUCGUUGAGUAAGUUCCUGAUUGGAGAUAUAAAAGACUCAAACGGUCCCCAGAAACUGAACACAGGCGGGUGCGAAAAUGUAAAAUCGUGUGAUAUAUCCUCAAAUAGUAUUGAAGAAUCUGAAAGUGCUACACCAGAUAUAGAACACGGCACAGCUUGUGAGGGAUCAGAAAAAAGGAGGAAAAGAAUUAGAAAACACAAUAAGAAGAAGAAGAAAGAAAAACUGGAGUUGAUGAACGCAGUUGGAUCUGUGCUAAACAGAUUAAAUGAGCAGCCACAAGUAACAUUACCGUUAGCUUCAACACCCAAACAUUUCUUCUUCACGGAUGCUGAUGCAUCAGAGUUAGAAAUUCCUGUAGCUAGUCAGAAUAUUACAAGUACGCAAGAAGACAAAGUCCCAGUUGCAGUAAAGAAAGAAAAGGAUUCUGAACCAUCACUGUAUGAGGUGAUGGGAAGGAGUCAAGCAGAAUGGCAACAAGGUCUUCUGAGACUUGCUAGAAGUUCCUCGAAACCUAUGAUAUUUCACAGAAGUAGCCCUUCUACAUCUUCUAAAGAACUCCCUGAAAGAGAUUCAUCAUCCACUGUAACCGAGGAAGCAAAGGGUAAUAGUGCCAGUCCUCCUCGUCAUGUUGAUAAGAUAAAGAAAGAAAGGGAAGAAGUUGGAGAUACAUCUGAUAAAGAAAAUAUAAAGAAAUGUAAUGGUGAAAUACUGAGUGAUACAACAAUUAAUCCUAAUUCUGACGCAGACACAAAUGUAACUGAAAGGAAAAAGCUGGAAGAAUGUAAUGAUACAAAAAUUAAUGUACAAAAUAUUAUCAUUGAUAAUUACCCCAUCAUCAACAAAAUUAAUCGCCAAGAUUUAAUCCUCUUUAAGGUGUUAAAACUAAAUGAAAACAAAGAGCCAGAAAUUUCAAGGACCAUAUUAGGCAAAGUCAACAACUGCUCCAGUUAUCCUGAAAAGAUUUCAUUUGAGAUAUUUGAUGGCAGUAGUGAAUGUGGAGAUGCCUUUGCUAAAACUGCAGAAGGUCUCGUAGAGCUUCGUUGGGCAGAUAUGAUUGAACCUCGACUUUUCUACCCUUAGAGCUAAACAACUGCAAUUCAUAUGUGUAUUGUAGCUAUUAAACACUAUUAAUUUUUAAACUUAACAAUAAACUUCCAAUUAUCCGGGUUAGUUCAGGAGGCAACAACGUCUACAGGUAACCUUAAACCAAGGCAUUUUCCAAGGAAAAUUCCUACAAACAUGGUGCUAUCAAUAACUAGACUUAGUUUUUAAAGUGUAUUGUUGCUAUCAAGGAUUGUGUAGUUUUAGUGAACCAUUAUUGUCCUGCACAAGUGGUUUUUUCUUUUUUGUAUAUUAUAACAAUUACUUGAUUGUGUUUUAAUUUGCUAGUGAUAAAUAAUUGUAUGGUGAUGUAGAAACUGUGGUGCAAGUUGUGUAAAGUGGAAGAAAGGUUACAUAAAAUUUUGGCAUAAUUUAAUUUUGAAAGUUUGUCUAAGGAUGUUUUUAACGUAUACACAGAAAUUAAGAUAAAAAAAUAUUAAUGAAUGAAACCAGUGUAUGCUUUGUUGUUAUUCAAAAACAAAUGGUUUAAUUAUGGAGCCAUUAAACAAGAACGUUAUUUUAUAAACAUUUACAAAAAACCGCUAUGGUUCUAAAUAUAAAUAGUGUAAAAAUAAGUCUGAAACAAUAAUAAUGUAACUACAAAAUAUGGAAAGAGUUGAUGUUACGGAAAGUAUUAUUUGUGGUUACAUUAAAUUUGAGACUAAAGGUAGACAGGAAAGUAUAACCCUUUGGCGUGAUGACCUAUAUCUUAGUUCCCAUUAUAUAUUUCAUCAAUUUGUCAUGAUGCCUAACAGUAAACCCACAAUGCGGUUUAUCCCCAAAUAAUUGGAAGUUGGAUUCUUUUAAUGUUCCUAUUUCAGGACUGAGUUUGUUUUGUAUUUUAUUUGUACAAUGUGUGUAGUUUGAAGAUUCUAGUUCUAAGUUUAGAGGCAUUAAGUCCUAUCAAUCUAAUUCUGUUAGAUUAAGAUCUUUGUAAGAAUUGUAUGUUUGUUCAUUAAAAAAACUUGGUAUUUUUA